AUGAUCGCAAACACCUUGCUCGUCGCGCUUUGCCGAUAUUGGCCUCUGGCAGUUGUCGUUGCGAUAUGCUCCUACUUAACCCACAACUACCUGAAAGGGGGAUUAAAUAAAUACCCAGGGCCCAUUUUAUGCUCUUUUACCGACUGGUACAGAUUUUUCAAAGCCUGGCAAAGAACGCCCGAAAGGUGGCACAUCGACUUGCACGACAAACAUGGAGACAUCUCAGACUUUUAUCCCGUGCAAAUGGCGACUUCGAAGGAAGGAAAGAGGCUACCAACGUUAUUCAGCACGCAAUCAGAGGAAUACCACUCGCAACUGAAGCGUAGCGUGAAUAGCGCUUUUACCAUGUCCGCACAAAUGCAAUAUGAGCCUGUCUUCGACUCUGUCAAUCAGAUCUUCCUUGAACAGACACAGAAGCGCUUUGCAGAUACCGGGAGUUACUGCGAUUUCUAUCAAUGGCUUCAAUUCUACACCUUCGACGUUAUUGGUGAUCUAGUCUACUCCCGACGCCACGGGUUCCUGGAGAGUAACCACGACAUUGAGGGAAUUGUCAAAGGCAAUUCUGCGCUUUUCGACUAUGCAGCAGUAGUCGGACAAAUCCCACUCCUAGAUAAAUUCUGGAAGAAAAAUCCGCUCAAGCUCCUGGCCUCCAAGUACGGCCUAAUCGACUCUUCUUACCCAGUGUCGCGUUUUGCAAAAGCCCGUCUGGCCGAACGGCAUCCGUCCGGUGAAGUCUUUUCCAAGGAUAACCUCGCCUGGAAACGGGAGAAGACGGAUAUGCCACAAGACUUCCUUUCGAAAUUUAUCCAAGCCAAACAUGACAGGCCGGACUUCUUCAACGACCAGCUUGUGGUGACCAUGUGUGUUUCCAUGGCAUUUGCGGGUUCCGAGCCGGCCGCAGUAACCAUGAGUGGAGUCUUUGCUUCGCUUUUGAGAAACCCUAGAUGUCUGGCGAAGGUGUAUGAAGAGCUCGAUGACCAAGCGCUGAAAGGCCAGUUCAAAGACAACGAGACCGGCGCGCUUACGUGGGCGGAGAGUCAGCGCCUGCCAUAUCUGGACGCUUGUAUCCGAGAGGCAUUUCGUUUGCAUCCUGCCCCUGGACUACCAUUCGAACGGGUCGUGCCUCCAGAGGGCGUCAAUAUCAACGGUGAGAUCAUCAAGGGUGGCACAAUUGUGGGAUGCAAUGCAUGGGUGAUCCACCGUCGGCCAGAGAUCUUUGGCGAAGAUCUUGAAGACUACGUACCCGAGCGCUGGCUCGUGGACACUUCUAAAGACAGGGAUGCGGAAGUUGCAAGAAUCAAGGAGAUGGACUACUGCAUCAUGAGCUUUGGCAAAGGGCCGCGCGUUUGUCUCGGAAAGCACAUUGGCAUGAUGGAAGUCUACAAGCUUAUUCCAGCAGUCCUUCGCAGAUUUGAGAUUGAACUAGACGAGGGAUCUCGCGAGCCUCGGUUUCGCAACGGCUGGUUUGUUAGACCAGUAGAAUUCAAGGUAAAAUUCAAGAACCGAACGCUUGUUAAGCCAGCAUAG